AACUUUGUCGAGGUUAUGGGCUGCCAGUAUGGGGUACUAGAGCAGAACUCGAAGAUCGUAUUCGAGAUCAAGAAAAAACUACAACAAAAAACAGAAUAUUUGAUUAUGCUGUAAAGCGAAUUAAACCCGAAGCUUCUUUGCCGCCUCUAAUCUUGACUUCACCACCAUCGCCAAAACAUUUCCCAUCGUCAGCCUCAUCACCAUUCACACCAACAACAACACCAUUGUCAACAGCACUUCAGUCAAAAUCUUUGUGCUUGCCUCAGGCAAAAAACCUUGAAUAUGAUUUAGAAUCUGUUGAAAAAGCUGUUGCGGAAACUUUGUGUAUUAUGGAAGCUGCCAGGUAA